AAAAAAGGAAAAAAAGAAAAGAAAAGGGAAGUAACGAAAGCCAGCUAGGGUUUGACUGCGAGAAAUUUCUGAUCUGCGUGAAUUUCUCGAGAGAGAGAGAGAGAGAGAAAGAAAGGAAUCGAUCAUCGAUUCCGUGGAUAUCGUUUCCCUCCCCUUUUUUUUUUUUAAUUUUUAUUUUCGUAUUAUUAAUCUCAAUCUCCUCUCUAAGGGAUCUGAGUUUAUACCGUUGCAUCCCGCAUCUUCCGUUUCAGAUUUACCCCAAAUUCGAUGCAAAUCUAGAAGAUAGAGAGAGAGAGAGAGAGGUGUGUGUGCGCGCAACAACGACGACUCAGUGUCUCUCCCCCCCACCCCCUCUCUUGUGUGUAAAAUUCGAAAGUUCUAUUUGAGGAACCUUUUUUAUCUUUGCCGAGAGGGUGGGCGCUUCCUGUCCGAUUUUUUGCUUUUUUAUUUUUAUUUUUUUUGGAGGGAUUUAUUGGGUAAGGUUUUUUGAAAACCUUUUUUGUCUUCUUCUUCUUCGAGUGUUUCAGUUGAAUCUGGGUUUAAUUGUUUCGAGUGUAUCGACUGUUAGAUUCAUCCACGAAAUUGUAUGCAAUCUGGAGCCAGUGGCGGAGGACCCGCUCGUAAUCCGGGCAUGGGUCCAGCUGGUCGGACUGCCUCCACCACAUCCGCUGCCUCUCCUUCUUCUUCUUCUUCAUCUGUCCAGCAACAACAACAACAGCAGCAGCAGCAGCAGCAACAGCAGCUGGCUUCUAGGCAGCAGCAGCAGCAGCUGAGAAACUCAGACGCAAAUGAAAACAUGUUUGCAUAUCAUCCUGGUGGGGCUCAGGGAAUGGUGGGAGGUGCCAACUUUGCUUCGUCUACUGGCUCUAUGCAAAUGCCUCAGCAGUCUAGGAAGUUCUUUGAGUCUUCUCAACAACAACAACAACAACAGCAGGGUUCUUCCCAAGAGGAGGGCCAGCAAAGUUUAAAUCCUAUGCAGCAAGCGUAUUAUCAGUUUGCUAUGGCUCAGCAACAAAAAGCACAUCACCAAGCUAGGAUGGGAAUGAUGGGUUCAUCAAGUGUGAGAAAGGAUCAAGAUGCACGGAUGGGAAUGUUGAAUAUGCAAGACUUGAAUCCCAUGCAGGCUUCUACUCAGCCCCAGGCCUCCUCGUCUAAGCCAUCCAGCGACCAGUUUUCUCGCGGUGAAAGGCAGAUGGAAUCAGGUUCUCAGCAACGGAACGAAACAAAAUCUCAUCCCCAGCAGCAGGUGGGUACUGGACAACUAGCGCCUGGAAAUAUGACUAGGCCAAUGCAGGCACCACCGGCUCAACAGGUUGUCAAUAACAUGUCAAACAACCAGCUCGCAUUUACACAACAGUGGCAGGCAAUGCAGGCAUGGGCGCGUGAGCGUAAUAUCGAUCUCUCACAUCCUGCCAACGCCAGCCAAAUGAAUCACAUCCUUCAGACAAGAAUGGCUGCCUUCCAGAAAGCUAAUGAAGGCAAUGUGGCUUCACAGUCACCAUCUAUUUCAAUCUCUAGCCAGCCGGCUUCAUCUUCUGUUGUUCCAGGUGAGAACUCACCGCGUACCAACUCUGCUAGUGACGUCUCUGGGCAGUCAGGAUCAGCGAAGGCCAGACAUGCCAUAUCUACUGGCUCAUUUGCCUCUACUUCCAGUCCCAGAAUGGUCAACCCUGCUAUGAAUCCCUUCUCCGGCCAAGGGAGAGAUAAUCCGAUGUAUCCUCGACAUUUAGUUCAGCCUACAAAUGGGAUGCCCUCAGGAAAUUCCCUGCAGACGUCUGCAAAUGAGACUCCUGUUUUGGAUCAGAAUGCGUCUACAAAAAAUAGUUUAGGUCCUGCUGAACAUUUACAAAUGCAGCAGCCUAGGCAACUGAAUGCACCGACUCCAAAUUUACUAGCUCCAUCUGAUUCUGGUCCACUCAGUGACUCGUCCCUUCAAACUGGACAGGGGACCCAACAAACACCGCAGCGAUCAGGAUUUACCAAACAACAACUCCAUGUUCUCAAAGCCCAGAUACUGGCAUUUAGACGUUUGAAGAAAGGGGAAGGUUCUUUGCCUCCGGAGCUUCUUAAAGCUAUUGCUCCACCACCGCUUGAACUGCAGAUACAGAGGCAGAUAUCUCCUGUGAGAGGACAAGUUCAGGAUAGAUCUUCAGACAAAACUGGAGAAGACCAAGCAAGGUCGUUAGAGUGUGGAAAAGAGUCUCAGGCUGCUGCUUCUUCAAAUGGACCGAUUAUUUCUAAAGAGGAAGUUAAUGUUGCAGAUACAGAAGUAGCUUUGACGACAGGCCACAGCCAAUUAUUUCAAAAUCUGGAAAAAGAAGCUACUUCUACUGAUGUGGUUACUAAAGAGGAGCAACAAACUGAUGUAUUCCCUGUUAAAUCUGACCAAGGAGCAGAUGCUAAUGCUAGUAAUAAUCCUAGAAGUGAUCCUACAGCUGAUAAGGGAAAGGCUGUUGCAUGUGAUGGAGGCCAACCUAACGCUCCUCCACAAGAAAAUUCUCCCCAGCAGCCUAAGGAAACAGCCUCUGCCAGGAAAUAUCAUGGACCAUUGUUUGAUUUUCCCUUUUUCACUCGAAAACAUGACUCUUAUGGGUCUACACCAGCCAAUGCCAAUAACAAUCUCACAUUAGCAUAUGAUAUUAAAGAUCUGAUUUGUGAAGAAGGUGCAGAGUUCUUCAAUAAAAAAAGAACAGACAGUUUGAAGAAGAUAAAUGGUCUACUAGCAAAAAAUCUAGAAAGGAAAAGGAUUAGGCCGGAUCUUGUUUUGCGGCUUCAAAUUGAAGAGAAAAAGCUUAGGCUAUCGGAUCUUCAGUCACGUGUUAGAGAUGAAGUGGAUCGACAACAACAGGAGAUAAUGUCCAUGCCGGAUAGGCCAUACCGCAAAUUUGUGAGGUUGUGCGAACGACAACGCCUUGAAAUGAAUAGACAAGUACUGGCCAACCAGAAAGCUGUUCGAGAGAAGCAGCUGAAAACCAUUUUUCAGUGGCGUAAGAAGCUCCUUGAGGCUCACUGGGCUAUACGUGAUGCACGCACUGCUCGUAACAGGGGAGUGGCCAAAUACCAUGAAAAAAUGUUGCGAGAGUUUUCAAAGAGAAAAGAUGAUGGCCGGAAUAAAAGGAUGGAAGCCUUGAAGAAUAAUGAUGUAGAAAGGUACAGGGAGAUGUUACUGGAACAACAAACAAAUAUACCUGGUGAUGCUGCUGAAAGAUAUGCUGUUCUCUCAUCAUUUUUGACCCAAACCGAAGAUUAUCUUCAUAAACUUGGAGGGAAGAUUACUGCCACAAAGAAUCAACAGGAAGUGGAGGAGGCAGCAAAUGCUGCAGCAAUAGCAGCGAGAUUGCAGGGCUUGUCAGAGGAAGAGGUCAAGUCAGCAGCUGCUUGUGCUCGAGAAGAAGUUGUGAUCAGAAAUAGAUUUACGGAAAUGAAUGCACCAAAAGAAAAUUCGUCAGUCAACAAGUAUUAUACUCUGGCUCAUGCUGUAAAUGAAGUGGUUGUGAGACAACCUUCAAUGCUUCAAGCUGGAACUUUGCGUGAUUACCAGCUGGUUGGAUUACAAUGGAUGCUAUCGUUGUAUAAUAACAAAUUAAAUGGGAUCUUGGCUGAUGAGAUGGGUCUUGGCAAAACUGUGCAGGUAAUGGCACUGAUUGCUUACCUUAUGGAGUUUAAGGGGAAUUAUGGACCGCAUCUCAUCAUCGUUCCGAAUGCUGUUCUGGUGAACUGGAAGGUUUGUCUACCCCGUCAAGCGGCUGAAAGAGUAGACGGUAAUGAGAUGCCUGUUGCUCAGUCACUGCAAGUUGAUCGUAGCUAUCGAUCAAAGUUGAGAACAGUUGUUGACUCGCACGGUUCAAGACAAGAUCAGAGUGAUUCAUCCUCAAGACUUAGGAGUUUACCUGCAAAGAAGGUAGCUAAUACUUCCAAGCUGCAUGUAUCGUCACCGAAAUCUGGUAGAUUGAAUGCCACACAGCUUUCCGUGGAAGACAAUGUCGAAGCUUCCAGAGAAACGUGGGAUGGAACUAGUCCUAUUGGCUCUUCAAAUGCUGGUGCGAGAAUGUCUCACAUCAUACAGAAACGGUGCAAACUCGUGACUAGCAAGCUCCAAAGGAGAAUCGACAAGGAAGGUCAGCAGAUUGUACCUAUGCUGACAAAUUUGUGGAAGAGAAUUCAGAAUGGUUAUGCAGCUGGAGGUGUAAAUAAUCUUUUGGAACUACGAGAGAUAGAUCACCGGGUAGAAAGGCUAGAGUACGCAGGAGUUAUGGAACUCGCAUCUGACGUGCAGUUAAUGUUAAGGGGGGCAAUGCAAUUCUAUGGAUUUUCACACGAGGUGAGAUCUGAAGCAAGGAAGGUUCACAAUUUGUUCUUUGAUCUAUUGAAGAUGUCUUUCCCAGACACAGAUUUCCGGGAAGCAAGGAAUGCUCUUUCCUUUUCUGGCCCAACCCCAACUUUGGUUUCUACACCGUCCCCAAGAGGAGCAGGCUUUAGCCAAGGCAAGAGGCCAAAGUUGGUAAACGAGGCAGAAGCCGAGCCAAGCUCUCCUCAGAGAGCUCAACAACGUGAGAACUCAAGGAUCAGAGUACAGAUACCGCAGAAAGAAACAAAACUUGGGGGGGCAACAAGCCACACUGAUGAAUCCCCAAUUUUAGCUCAUCCAGGGGAAUUAGUAAUAUGCAAAAAGAAGAGGAAAGACCGUGAGAAGUCUGCUCCGAAAACCCGAACUGCUGGCUCCAGCAGCCCGGUUUCACCACCUCCAGCUAUGAUUGGUCGUGGUCUCAGAAGUCCUGUGUCAGGUGGAGCUUCAAGGGAGACAAGGCUAGCACAACAGCAGCGCUGGCCAAACCAACCCACUCAUCCAAACAACAGCGGUGCGGCUGGA